UGUUUGUAGGAAGCAGCUCAGAUUAGCCGCUAGUGUGCACAGAGGAUGUAUUUUUAGUUACGCCUCUCAGUAGUUUAUCUACACGGAUAUCCUGGAGUGACUUUGUGAACUCCAUUCGGAAAUAACAUCAACAGACAGUAGGAACAAACGCAUCUGAUACUUUGAGCUGUUGCAUAAUAUUUGUUUAAUAGUGUGGCUAAUUAGCUAGCCGUAGCAGUCUUUCUUCCAUUCCCUAUGGCAUAUAGACGGACUGUGAAACUUCUAUGUGGCCUGGCCGGAGGAUCAGCCGCGCUCGCUGUCGCUGCUGUCGCUGCUGCCGCUGCAGACUCCCACGGCUAUUUUGGAGGAGGACAACCGGGAGAUGGGACGAGUCGCUGGAUAUUGACCGUGAUUAAGGCUGCGCAGCCGGCGUGGACUCCCUCCAGCCACACGCCUGCUCCCUCCGGACACGCCUGGGAUUCCAACUGGGACAAGAGAGACCCAUCUUCACUGAUCAAUGGGAGAAAAAAAGAGAGUCUGACAGAAGACCCCAGCUCUGAGCAGGAAAAUAGCAAACCUAAAGCUACACGCAACAUUCUUCUCAUCAGGCACUCCCAGUACAACCUGAGUGGUACUACUGACAAGGAGAGGUUUCUUACUCCUUUAGGUCGUGAACAAGCUGAGCUAACAGGACAACGAUUGGCAGCACUAGGACUGAAAUAUGAUCUUCUGAUACACUCAAGUAUGACAAGAGCAACUGAGACAGCUAACAUAAUUAGCAAACAUCUUCCAGGAGUGGACUUGGUGAGCUGUGAUUUAUUAAGAGAGGGAGCACCUAUUGAGCCAGUUCCCCCUGUCACACACUGGAAACCUGAUGCUGUGCAGUACCACGAAGAUGGAGCUCGCAUUGAGGCUGCCUUUCGCCGCUACAUCCACCGUGCUGACCCCAAGCAGAAAGAGGACAGCUAUGAGAUCAUUGUGUGUCAUGCCAAUGUCAUCCGCUAUUUUGUGUGCAGAGCUCUCCAGUUUCCUCCAGAGGGCUGGUUGCGGAUGGGCCUGAACAAUGGCAGUAUAACGUGGCUGACUAUUCGUCCUAGCGGAAGAGUGGCCCUGCGGACUCUAGGAGACUCAGGGUUCAUGCCCCCAGACAAACUCACCCGGACCUGAUGUUUUAAUCAGUUUUCUUCAUAAGUGUCUUGAAAAUUAAUUAUUUUGUAAUUUAAAACCAUAACUCUUGUGGUGUGGUGGUCGACAUGUGCCAUAUGAUGCCAGCAAAGUAAAAAAAAAAAAAAGCUGUCCUCUUGAAUGUAGAAUUUUUACAGAUUUUUUUAAGAGAACCAAAACUUCACGUGGUAUUGCAAAUACUAACUUGGUUUACAUGAGGUGUGACAAAAUUGUAUACUUCUUGUGUAUUAAAAUUAAAUGAACAUUGUUGAAAUUUUUGUAUUAAAACAACAUAAGCAUCAGAGUAAAGUAGGAGUGAUGUUUUAUUAAUCAGUUGAAAGCAAAUGAUGUCCAGACAUACAGAAAGAAUACACCAUGAGCUACCCUUUAAUAAAGCACAAAAUGAUAAAAGCACAAGAAGCAUGUUUGACAUUUUUAGGUGCAUUUUCCACAUUCAUGAACAUUCAUAGACCAGAAUAAAAUUGACUGUGAGAGCACAAGGUUGACGUUACAAUCAUUUGAGUGAAGGUUAGCGCUCUCAGAUAAAAUUUUAGUUCACAACAAAUUUACAUUCAGAACAGCUGUUUUGGAACCUGACCAGAGUGGAAAACUGAAUUUCGUGUUUUGUCCUAACUAGCCCCAUUCAUGGUUGUAUUGAACAAAGCAAAUUAAGCUAACAAUAAAAAAUGUAUUCUAGUCAGUUAGGUUUUAACAAUGUACAAACAACUAAAUGUAAAUCAAAUGACUACUAUAAUUAGUUCAGUACCAUAAGUACUAUUAACCUGUAUAAACACUUUAGAUGUAUUUAAGGCAAUUUCAGCAAAAACUCAGUGACAAAAACAAAGCAGCCCAUUUUAAAUGGUUCUUGAAAUUUAACGUUAGAUAAUGUGGCAAUUUGAACAGUGCUAACAUUUUGAAAAUUUAUAGGUUUUCCACAAAACUUAAAUGUUAAGGUACUAUGUUCAGUGUAUGUUUUGGGCUCCUGACCAAUAAAUAUACAAUUAAAAGGAGAAGGAAUUGCACGUCUAAGGCCAUCAGUAGUGGCAGAAAAAAGUCAACAUGUCCAAGUCAACUGAGAAAAAUGUAAAUGUAUACAUUUAUUGAAUAACAAAAUAAAAACAUGGAAGAGCUCA